AUGGCCGCUGCUCCAUUCGGUUGCGUUUUGAGGGAUCACAACCGCCGUGACCGGUGCAGAGAGAGCAAUGCCAGAGCCACCAUGGGUGUUUUUCAGAAGAACCUUAAGAGUUUGGUGAGAGAUCAUCUCUGCAUUUCAGUUUCUCCAACCUGUGGCUCCAAUGACGCCAACCCUGAAAACCAGAGUCAUAAUAAUGACGAUUCUUGGGUUCGAGACAAGGAGGCUUCCUGCCGUUUAAACAAGGAUGAGAAUAGCAACAUAACUGGUGAAAGAGAAGAUGGCUCGGGUUCGGGUUCGGGUUCGGUUAGGCAUGCUAGGGUUCUUGAUCGAUGGGCUUUCGCAAGACAAAUGGUGUCAAAACCAAUGGAGAGGCAGAGGAGUGCAGAGGCUGAGGUCAUCUCUAACAAAGUUGAGAACAACAACAGAAAGGAGGGAAGAGAUGAUGGUUCUAAAAUGAGCCCAAAGCAUGCUAGGGUUCUUGAUCGAUGGGCUUUUGCGAAGAAAAUGGUGACGAAACCGACGGAGAGGCAGAUGUGCGAAGAAGCAGAGGUGUUAUCUGUGCCGAACUCAGCUCCUAGCUCGGCAAGGACGUCAACUUCUGCCAAGGAAGAGACUAUUGCAAGAACAGAUAGCUUGGCUGAUCUCACCAAAAAAGGCGUGGGGGCUUCGUCUCUGGUUCAAAUUUGGGAGAAGAGGCUACACAAAUCAGACAGCCUCAAAAGUAAUUCCAAUGGAAAUACAAUAUCCGACUCAAGUAGGUCUAGUUCUGGAGUAAGCUCUACCGAUAAUGAUAUUGAGAAUGAGAACAAUGCUUCACCAUCAAGGGUUUCUGAAGCAGAAAAAGCAGAGUCCCCUGUUGAGAAAGCAGGGGAUUCUGUAUUCUCUAUUGAAAAAGCAGGGGACUCUGAUUUUCAUAUGGAUAAAGCACGGGAGUCUAUUGAUGAUAGUUAUGACGCCGGUGAGGUAGCUGAAUACUCCUUGGAAGAUUCCGAUGGCAUUGAGGUGGAUAGCCGGAAUUUAGAUGCUAAAGAGAAAGAGAAGAAUCGAGUUGUGGAUAUUAUUAGAAGACUGACUGCACAGGGUCCAUCAACGAGUGAGGAGAAUAGUAAUAAUGAUCACGAUCAGCAGUAUAGCUUAUCUCAUGUUCUAAAAUCGUCUCAUGUUUUAAGCUCACCACGCAUUAGAGGCAGGCAGGCAUUUGCCGAUUUACUAAUGCAGAUGGAGCGUGACAGGCAUAAGGAACUUGACACCCUCGUAAACCAAAAAUCUGUUACGAGAUUUCCACAGCGUGGCCGAACUCGAAUCCAGUCAUUACUUCGGCUUAGAUUGCUUCAACGUGGUACGGCGUUCGUGGGUUCAGAUGUGCCACCCCUUCCACCAAAACCAUCUCGAGUAAACAAACCGGCGCAAGGAUCUAGCAUCAUGCAACUCAGGGAGAAAUUUUGUACUAGUCUUGAGCAGGGGGCAGCAGUGCAAUGUGAUGUACCUUUUGCGAAUAGCCCUCGCAAGGAGAUCAUAAAUAAAAGUGUCAAUGCAGGCAAGCUCUCCACCUCGAAUAAGCCUAGUGAAAGCACUACUUAUGGAGAAGUGAAGGUUAUGGAGAAGCCUAAAACCUCCACACUACUGCGUGCUGGUGAAGCUGUUUGUAAAGAAGCGACCAGCAGUUUAGACAAGUCCUCCACAUUCAAUAAGCCUAGUGCAAGCACUCCUAAUCGAGAAGUUAAGGCCAUGGAGAAGGAGAAUGCUUCCACAGUACUGAGUGCUGGUGAAGAUGUUUGUAAAGAAGCAGCCCCCAAUUUAGACAAAUGCUCCACCUCCAAUAAGCCUAGUGCAAGCACUCCUAAUGAAGUUAACUUUAUGGAGAAGCAGACAACUGUCACUGUACUGCGUGCUAGUGAAGAUGUUAGUAAAGAAGCGAUCCCCAGUGUAGACAAAUCCUCCACCUCCAAUAAGCCUAGUGCAAGCACUCCGAAUCGAGAAGUUAAGGUUAUUGAGAAGCAGAAAACAUCCACAGUAUUGCUUGCUAGUGAAGAUUUGUGUAAAGAGGUGACCGCCAGUUUAGACAAAUCAUCCCACUCCAAUAACCCAAGUGAGAGCACUUGUAAUCGAGAAGUUAAGGUUAUGGAGCAGCAGAAACCAUCUCCAAUAUUUCGUGCUAGUGAAGAUGUUUGUGCAGAAAGGACCUUAACUGUAGAAAAUUGUUGCACCUCCACUAAGCCUAGUGAAAGCACUCUUAAGCGAGAAGUUAGCAUUAUGGAGCAGCAGAAAACAUCCCCAGUUCUGCGUCCUAGUGAAAAUGUCUGUAAAGAAGCUACCCCAAGUUUAGAAGUCGCAAAUCAAGAAACUAAAUCAGUUUCUAAAAGUACCUUGCCACAUGUUAGUGAAGGUCUCACUGAAGUAUCCAGUUCAAGUUCAAAGGUCACCAGGAAAGAAACAAGUUUGAUAGCGCAAAACCUUGAUGCGCAAGAAACUGCUAAUCCGGCUACACUGAUGAAUGGUUCAGAUGAGACUGAGAUAUGGACAGGAAAAGGUUCAAUGGAUAGAAACCUUGAUUCAAAAGAUACUGCAGAUAAAACAUCCUCGAACGGUCAUGAUGGGAAUGAAUUAUGGAAACCCACCACAAGCUCAGAGGCAAGAUACCUUGAUUCACAACAAAGUGCAGAUACAAGGACACCCUUGAGUGGUGGUGAUAGUAAUGGGAAUGAAAUAUCUAGAGGAACAAUUCCAGAGGCUAGAAACCUCGAGACACAAGAAACUGCAGAUACAAUCUCAUCCUUGAACAGUUGGACUGAAAAAGCGUUAUGGCAUGAAACAAAGUUAGAGGCUGCAAACUUUGACUCACAAGAAAAUGCAGAUACAACAACAUCCAUGGUAGACUGGGAUGAGAAUGAUGAUUAUUACCAGUACUAUGGAGAAACAAAUUAUGACUGGAUUAGUGAAAUUUCUCGCCCACGGAGCUAUUGGGAAGACAUUAGGAAAUCAUGGUACCAAGAGAUGCUUAACUCUAAUUCAGAAAAAGGCGAGAUACACCAACUCCUUGAAAGGAGAACAGUAUCAAGCUUUCUUUCUAGUGAUUUUCGUGAUAAAAUAGAUAGAUUGAUGGUAUCUCGCGUAGAAAGACAAACAUGUCACAAUGCCAGUCAAGAAGAAGAAGAUGAUGAGAGCAGCCAUGAUAGAAUGAAUGAAAUGGUGUCUUUCUUACAACAACGCAUGAGUACAUUAGGCACAGAAGAAGAAGCAGAAGAAGGGCAAGAACAUGUACAUGUACAAGAACAGGACCAAGUCCAAGAUCAAGUGCUAGAUUACGUGGAAAUUCAAGUCCCAGUCCAAGAAGAAAACCAAGUCCAAGAACAGGUACUAGAAUGCGUGGAAAUACAAGAACAAGUGCUAGAUUCUGUGCAAGUUCAAGAGAAAAAUCAAGUCCAAGAACAGGUAAUAGAAUGUGUGCAAGUCCAAGAACAUGUGCCUGAACAUCAAGACCAAGGUGACACAGAAGAAGAGGAGGAAGAAGACAAUGAUGACAACGACGAUGGUGAUGAUGAAUCAAGGAGCCUUAUCAGUGGUCAAUUUCAAGAAGCUAUUGAUUAUUUUGAUCAUGUAUCAUUGCAGCCUUCACCAUCUCACUUCACAACAUGGAGUUACCAAGAUAAUGAAGUUGGGGAUGAUUCGGACCAAGCUACUUCUGAAUCUCCUCGUCAACAGUCACCCUUUCAAUAUAGUCCACAACGUUCACCAUCUCAAUCUUACAAUGCUAAUCUCCCGCACUGCUAUCCCUCCAUUAGUCAUCCUUCAAUGGAAAUGGAGCUCAUAUACGACAUGAAAGGGCAUAUGAUACAACUCUAUCAAGAGAUGUCCGAGCUAAGAAAAGUAAUAAAGAGCUGUGUAGAAAUGCAAAUGACAAUGCAUCAAUCCAUGAAGCAGGAUGUUCAUUCAGGUCAAGUGGGGAAGAAAAGUAAUUCUAGUGGGUUAAAAAAGAAAGGGAAUUGCCGCAUUUGCAAUGAAGCAAAGAUUGACUCACUUUUAUACAGGUGUGGACACAUGUGCACCUGUCUCAAAUGUGCUCAUGAUUUGCAAUGGAAUAGCGGAAAGUGUCCAAUCUGUGAAGCUCCGAUUGCAGAUGUCGUGAGGGCAUACAUGGAUUCGUAAAUCCCUACUGGUGUCUGGUGUACGAGUUCUUGCUUCAGAGGACCGUCUUCAUUUGUAAACUAAUUGACAAUGUGAAGCACAAAUUGGCAAAGGAAGG